GCUAUACGUCCCAGUGAAGAAGAAUAUUUCCAGGUGAUCGAGACCGAUCGGUUUAGAGAGGCGAUGGUGGAAGAAGACGGCGGGGACUUGCAGAGCCUGGAAUGGCUCCAAGAGAAGAACCUGCUGCAAGAGAUCAUCCCGACACCGCCGGCGUCGCCCGGAUCGGACCGGCGCCGACCGGAGGCGAAGCGGAAGCGGAGCGUCACCGCCUGGUACCUGGAGGAGGUGGAGCGGCGGGGCAUGGACUACAAGGCGAAUCCGGAGAAGCCGCCGUACAGUUAUGCGACGCUGAUCAUCAUGGCCAUGAAGGCGAACGCCCACAGGAUGACGCUGUCUGCGGUCUAUCAGUGGAUCCGGGAGAAUUUUCUGUACUAUCAGAACGCGGAUCCGAGCUGGCAGAAUUCCAUCCGCCACAAUCUCUCCCUGAACAAGUGCUUCACGAAGGUGCCCCGCGGGAAGGGAGAGCAAGGGAAAGGCGGCUUCUGGCAGCUGGACUCCAGGCACGUGGACUCGUACCUGGAGGGACUGCAGAAGAAGAAAGGCCGCAAGGACACGCCCCCUUCCUCGUCCUCGACCAAGUCUCGAAACCGAAAGAACCGCAGCCGCAAGAAGAAAGACCCGCACACCUACCACCUCCCCGCCCCCCUCAUGUACCCCCACGUGGAGGCGCUGACCCAGCUCAUCCAGCCCCAAGAGAGCCUCUCGGAGGGCUCCAUCCCCGACGCCUGGAUGGAGGGCGACGGGAUGGGGGACGUGGUGGCGAGCUGGUCGAAACUGGAGGGCGGGUGGAGCCCGGCCUCCCUCGACAUGGACACCUCCUGUUUCGACCUGGACGACGAUCCGUUCCAGAGCCUCAAUUUCAUGGAUCACAUGGAUCAUCUCAUCAUGCCCGACCCCUAGCUCUCGGAUCGGCUCUACCUCUGCGCUCAUCAAUGAUUCAUUGACGAAAUAUUGUGAUCGAUGAGGAAGGAGGGGGGGAGGAAAGGAGCCCGUACCGUGCCUGUAUCGAUCCCAUUGAUCCUCACGCGCCCCGUCAUGCCGGCCAUUAUGCAUUUCCUCUCUUUCUCUCUCUCUCUCUUUCUUUCUCUUUUCUGUAUGACCGAGUUCCGUCCCGAGACCGAUUCCGUCCGCCAGUGGUGAUGAUAUCUUCACUUAUUUUUCCUGGAUCUCAUGUGUGUGAUAGUUGCUCAAAUCCAGAUGCACAUGAUCGAUUUAUCAUGAGGCAAAAAAAGACUCGAGACAAUAAAGUCUCUCUCCGGAG